GGCAGCUCCCUGCCAUUUGCCAACCAUUGUAACUCCCAAGUUUGUUUCUAGGAAUUCAAUUGAAAUCUCUCAAACCCAUACAAAACACACACAUAGAAAAUGCACACAAGUAACAUAUACAGUAUAACACAACCCAUAACCUUUAUUUGUUGCCUUUCUGUACAAUUCUGCCCAAUAAACAAUGAUAAUGGAAGAUUCCCAAUCAUCUCCUCCACUCUAUUAGAAACAUCCAUAAUUACAUCCAACCACUAUUUCUUUUCACCAUACACAAACCUUAGCCCUCAACUCUCUCUUCAUCCUUGAGCUUAAAAUCCUUUCAUUUUAUAUAUCCAUCAAUCUCCAUCACCUUUUCUUCCUCCCCAUUAGUUUCUUCUCUUCUCUUUUCUUUGCUUUUCUUUUCUUCUCUCCCCACAUGAUGAAUCAUCCUAAUUCCUCUGUGAGUGGCUUCUACAACUUCAUCACUCAAGGCCUUAACAAUCUUGAUCACUCUUUUCACUCCAACAACUUCAUGUCUAUUCAGUUCCUUCAGCAUGUGCUUUCUUCUCUUCAAUCUUUUCAUUCCCAGCUCUGCAUUUUGGUGCAGAAACUGCAUCUGCCACUAGGGGAGAAGUGGCUUGAUGAGUACAUGGAUGAAACUUCUAGGCUCUGGGAAGUUUGCCAUGUACUCAAAUCAGCUGUCUCUGGCAUGGAAAACUACUAUGCAACUGGUUCAAACAUUGCUGCCACUCUUCAUGAUCAGCACAAUUUGAAUGCUCAGCUUUCCCGCCAGCUUUUUCGAGCAAUUUCGGGCUGUCAAAGGGAGAUUGUGGGGCUGGAAGAGGACAAUAGGAGCCUAAUUGAAACAAGAAUCCAACCACUAUCAUUGAAAUUCGAUGAAAAUUUAUUGAUUGAAUCCAAGUUCAAUGGUUAUAAUGGUUUUAGGGGAGUGUUGUUUCUGCUGAGAAAUAUCAACUCAUUACUUUUAAUGAUUUUACUUGGUGGGCUGGUGUAUUUUUGCCCUGAAACUAGUUUUUCAAGUGAAGGAGAAUACAAUGGGCACAUGGUGUAUGGUUCAGACUUCAUGGUCUCUGCAUCAAGAUUGCACCAAAGCCUGAAAUCCACUAUGGAUGAACUCCAAGGACAGCGGCCCGGGGUGCUUCUUUACGAGUUCUUGAUGGCGAAAAACGCCAUGGAAGAGCUGAAAGUUGAGAUGGGGACAAGCAUGGAGUUCAAUCAAACAGUUAUGUUUGAAGAUAUCAGUGACAAAGUCAAGAACAUGAAGAGUUGCUUUGAGGUUCUGCAAUGUGGAGCUGAGAACAUUGUUGUGCAAAUUGAUGACUUCUUUGAUGAAAUAGUUGAAGGGAGGAAAAAGCUUCUGGAUAUGUGCAGUCAUAGGUAGAAAAAUUGACAAAAAUUGAACUAGUGAUGUGCAGCCAUUAGGUAGGUGCAAAAAAAAAAAAAAAUGAGCAAGACAUCAAUAGAUAUGAUGUAGUUUCAGACAUCUUGAAGUUGCAGCUAUGUUUCUUUCUUAA